AACACCAUUGUUUACUUGGGCGAAUUUUAGCUGGAACAUGUUGGGGCAAGAACCAAAGUUGUAUAAGUGCUAAACUUUGAUUUAAAACACGAAACUACCCGAGACUCAUACUGUUUUGCUGCGAAUAGCAUUUUUGUCAGAGUGUGUUGUGUUGAAGUCGCAAGAAUGUUCGUUUUGAAUCGUGUUUUGUUUGCUGGCAGCAUCAUCGUCCCUGAGAGCACCUCCCUCACAGUGUGCCACUUUUCCGCUGUCCACCGCCUGACAUGCCCCAGGAGGAACAGUCCCUACAGCUCUGUGGACAGUGAGCGCUACUCUUCUCUGGUGAAAUCCGUCAUGUCCUCUACUGUCAGCUCUCAGACCCCAGAGACCCUCCAAGCGGAAGAUGACCACGUUUAUGGACCGAUUGUCAAAGCUCAGACGCCUCCACGGACCGAGCCAAGGCUCCCCAAAACUCUUCAUCCUUUCAUAAAUUCUGAAAGAACUCUAGAAACGGAGGAGCCAGAAGCGGGACCCCCAGCCCGGAUUUUGUUAAAUCGGAAUAAGAGUAGGCCGUUUAUCCCGAGUGUGACUCGCAUUCUUCAGCAGACACUUUCUCCAGAGCAGAUCUUCUACCUGGAGAGAUGGAAGAGGAGGAUGAUCGCUGAGCUGGGAGAGGAGGGCUUCAAUGAAUAUAGUCAAAAUAUGUUUAAACAAGGGAAGCUUUUCCAUUCUGCUCUGGAGGACAUUCUGACGUCUGCUGACACAUGGAGGAACAAGAAUCUCUCAGAGACACCACAGUGUCCUCCUGAAGCGCAAGGAUACAUCCAGAGCAUCUCUCACGUACUGGAGGACGUCAGUGCAGUGAGGGCCAUUGAAAGCUCUGUGCAGCAUGGUUCCCUGAAUUACUUGGGAAUUAUGGACUGCGUCGCGCGCUACAGGGGUGUGCUGUGUGUCAUAGACUGGAAAACCUCAGAAAAACCCAAACCAUUCUUGAGCAACACUUAUGAUAACCCUGUUCAAGUUGCAGCGUAUGCUGGGGCUCUGAACAAUGAUGGCAACUACAAAUACCAGGUUGAAAAUGGUCUCAUAGUCGUUGCCUACAAAGAUGGCUCCCCUGCUCACGCUCACAAGAUAAACUCAGAGCUGAUGUCAGAGUACUGGAAAACUUGGUUGCUACGGCUAGAAGACUACAGAGAACACAAGUCAAAUGCUUCAUCAAGUUUGUCUCCUGAAAAGUGAUAGAUCUGCACUGAAAAGCUCCAGCUUAACAACUGAAGCCUGAAUUAGAAAUGGCAACUAACAUGUUAGGAAUGUUGUUUUUAAUAUUUAUGACUAGUUUUCCUGUUAUUUUGAAUGAAAAUCAAACAACUUUCAAACACCUUAUAAUUAUAAAUUUAUGAAAUCUAUUUUUUAUAUAAGUUUAGCUUUUGUCAUUUAAGUAUUUAAAAAUCAUUGAAUUCAUACCAUAGUUCUCUGUAUGAGGGAUCCUCAGAGAAUCCCAUGCCUUUAAAGAGCUGAUAAGAGGUUCUGUUCUCCUCCUCUAUGAAACAGAACACUGGGUAGCCCUGACCACAGAAUUUUUUAGCCAUGCUGCUAAUCAAGGCUUUAGCGUAGCCUUUCCCUCUGUGUUCUGGUAAAGUAUACAACAUUCCGAGGGCACAGCACAUGUAGGUCAAAAUCCAGGAAACAGGCUUUCCUUCAGGAUCCAGAACGCAGCAGGAUGGGAAGUUUGUAACCAUGUCGUGGAUCAUCCUGGCAGCGCCUUCAUUAUUUCCAAACUUCCACGUCUGAUUCACCAAGUCAAUGUGGGAUUCAUCCAGGGAGCUGAGGCAGAUCCCAGAGCUGAUGCACAGAAGAACAAACUGACAUUUUAGAGCAGAUUUCUGUUCAUGUAAUGAGAUCUUUGAUUUUUUAAUUAAUACUAUGCAUAUUUUUUUUCUUUUUUAAAAAGAUAAGGAUAGUGUAUAGUUGGUCAUACCAGUCUAUGGUAGGAAGCUUGGAUGCAUCUUCCAAUAUCAUCAUGUGGCAAAGUGACAGUUGGUUGCUGGGAACAUUCCUUUCUGCUGCAACUGCUUUGACUAUCUCCAUGUGGGGAAGACUGAUUCCUUUAACACAAGCAAUCAUAGCUCACGAGUAAAACUUAGUUUGCAUUUUUAUUUCUUUGCAUCACUGAUACAAUUCAAAUAAAAUCUUAUUCUGUCUGCA